UUGGUUUGCGCGGAGAGGGCCAGCAGAGUGUGAGCUCCUGUGCACAGAAUGUGAGGGUCCCGGGACUGGCCGACCCCCGCUGCGGCAAGUGGUAGGAUCUGACUCUGUUACAAAAAGAAGCCAUGAUUGAAGUUGUGGCGAAGUUGAUCCGCGGCCCGGUGUUCCUGGCGGGUGAAGUCCUGGAGUGCGCCGUGACGUUUACCAACCCCCUUUCUGCGACCUCCACCUCCGCCAGCAGCGAGACCCUCGCCUGGGCCAGCGCUCAGAUCCACUGUCAGUUCCACGCCAGCGAGAGCCGAGUUCUGCUCCCCGCCAGCGAGGAGCCGGCGCAGGACGUUCAGGCCUCCAACGAGACGGUCUUCGUCCCCAACAGAGGUGAGCGCGGUCAGUGCAUCCUCUCCACGCCCCCCAAAAUCUUGUUUUGUGACCUUCGCCUGGACCCGGGGGAGACGAAAUCUUAUUCGUACAGCGAGACUUUGCCCCUGGCGGCUCCUCCGUCCUUCCGUGGCCAGUCGGUGAAAUACGUCUACAAACUGACCAUCGGCUGCCAGAGGGUGAACUGCCCCAUCCAGCUCCUGCGCGUCCCCUUCAGGGUGCUGCUGCUGCACGCCUUGCAGGGGUUUCAGCCCCCGCAGGAGGAUGAAGUUGCCCCUUCUAACCCAUUCCUGGAUGAAGAGGAGAUGGGGAAGAAAGACUCCCGGCUUCUGGACUCUGCCGUGGAGGUUCUCAUGGCGAUGACGUCGCGGAGGAGCCUUCAUCAGUUUAAUAUCAGUAACGGGCGCGGCCGCGUCGGCACCUUCUGCAUCUUUAAGACGGUUUAUAAGAUUGGAGAAGACGUUACCGGGGCGUUUAAUUUCUCUGACGGCGAAAUACCCUGUCUGCAGUACUCUGUGUGUCUCCAGACGGAGGAGAGUGUGCAGGAGGACUACAGACGCUCACAUUCGCAGCCCGUGGCCAUCAGCACGCAUGCGCAGCACCGCGAGUCCUGCCUCCACACGGCCGGCAGUAACUUCAGCCUUCCCGUCCCGCUCAGCUCGUGUCCUGGUUUCAGCACCAACAUCGUGUCUCUGAAGUGGCGCCUGCAUUUCGAGUUUGUGACGGCGCGAGAGCCGGUCGAAGCUCCGACUGUCCCCGAGAAUCAGUCUGAAACCAUCACGUGGACGGGGGCCGGGAGGAUCGACGUGGACACGUUCAGCUGGGAUCUGCCCAUUAAAGUCCUGCCGACCAAUCCGCUGCUGGCCUCGUACGUGUCCCCGGCCCCCACGGCCCACGCCAUCUCCAUCUGAUUUACCAAUUGCUGCUUUAUAUAAUAAACCUGUUUGUUUCAA